CGAGUUACGCACGCCCCACCUCCGGAUGGAGCCCCGCUCCCUUCCAAUAAAGCCCCGUGCCCACUCCCGGGGGCGGAGCCUGCGCUCAAGCUGGGCGCCGGGUCCUCUGCAGGCCUCACGGUUGCUGGGGUCCAAGGGUCCACGGCCCAGGAGCCGGGAUGCCGGAGGGGCCAUCUGUGAGGAGGUUUCACCAUCUGGUCUCCCCCUUUGUGGGGCAGCAGGUGGUCAAGACAGGGGGCAGCAGUAAGAAGCUGAACCCUGCUGGCCUUCAGUUGCUGUGGCUCCAGGACGCCCAGGUCCAUGGAAAGAAAUUAUUCCUGAGAUUUGAUCCAGAUGAAGAAAUCGUGUGUCCCCGUAGCAGCCCACUGUCAGAGCCUCUGCACGACGAAGAGCACAUGGAAGAGGCCAGGCAUCACCAGGAAGUCUCUGACUUGCCCUCACAGUCUGCGGGAGGAGCCCAUGUAGUCCCAAGUGGAGACGAUGGUCCCCCCCAGUGCGUGGGGGGAGACAGCCCCGCUGGAGGUGCUGAGAGGUGGCUGCAGGUCAGCUUUGGUUUGUUUGGCAGUGUUUGGGUGAACGAGUUCUCCCGAGCGAAGAAAGCCAACAAGAAGGGUGACUGGAAGGACCCCAUUCCCAGGCUGGUCCUGCACUUCGGCGGGGGCGGCUUCCUGGCCUUCUAUAACUGCCAGAUGGCAUGGAGCUGCUCUUCCCCAGUGGUCAGUCCUGCCUCUGACAUCUUGUCGGAAAAGUUCCAUCGAGGACAGGCCCUGGAAGCUCUGGGCCGGGACCAGCCCGUCUGCUAUACGCUGUUGGACCAGAGAUACUUCUCAGGCUUAGGGAACAUCAUUAAGAACGAGGCCCUGUUCAGAGCUGGGAUCCACCCCCUGACCCCUGGCUCACUCUUGGGUGCUCUGCGCCUCGAGGCUCUUGUGGACCACGUGGUGGCCUUCAGUGCAGGCUGGCUUGAGGGCAAGUUCCAGGGCAGACAGCAGCAUACUCAGAUCUACCAGAAGGAUCGGUGUCCCGCUGGGCACCAGGUGGUGAAGGAGGCCCUGGGGCCCCCUGGGGGCUUACAGAGGCUCACCUGGUGGUGCCCCCAGUGCCAGCCCAGGUUGCCAGCUGCCGGGCCAGAGCAGGUGCAGCCCCCCUAGGAAGCUCGGGCCCCUUCCUCACCAAGCCUUGCCCCUGAGGACCAUGAUACCUGAGAGUUGCCAAAGGGACGGAGGGCGGGGGUGGGGUCUGGGUAGAGGAGUCAGGGGUGCCCAUCUCACUGGAGUCAAGUCUAAGGCAGUUUCCACAGGUUUGAUUUUGUUCUUUUCCAGUUUUAGUUAGUUCUUCCUAUCUAACUCUACCAUUGUGAAAGAUGAGACAAAUCCUGACGGCAGUUAAGGGAGCAACCUCCCCAAAUGACAGAGCGACAGUGAAUAUGAGAGCCAGUGGAAGACAGAGCUGUGCCCAGCAUUGCAAGUGUUUCAUUUUCUUUCUUUUUUCUUUCUUUCUUUUUUUUUUUUUUUUUUGUCUUUUUGCAUGUUCUAGGGCCGCUCCCGCGGCAUACGGAGGUUCCCAGGCUAGGGGUCCAAUCAGAGCUAUAGUCGCCGGCCUACACCAGAGCCACAGCAACACGGAAUCCGAGCUGCAUCUGCAAACUACACCACAGCUCACGGCAACUGCAUCCUUAACCCACUGAGGGAGGCCAGGGAUCGAACCCGCAACCUCAUGGUUCCUGAUCAGAUUUGUUAACCACUGAGCCACCAAGGGAACUCCUUCAUUUUCUUUUUGAAGCAUUGGCUGGUGUUUUUCAUUGGAGAACCAGGAGAAGGAAUUAUCCUUCUUCGUUCCCCAAGAGGAUCCAGAGACUGGGGGCGGGGGGUAACAAGAGAGUAGUGUUCAGAUUCCUGCCUGGGUCUGGGUCCUUUCCUGUGGGAUGGAGACACCAGGAGAAGGACUGGGGAGAUGGGGGUUGGGGGGUGCCGGGAGCUGCCACCUCCCUGGUGUGUCCACUGGGCUCUAGACAAAAGCUACCUGUUUCCUCCUUAAGGAAACGUAUUUGUGAGCGCUGUUGUGCUAACAGUGCGGGAGUCACUGUGGUUAGCAAAACCUGGAAGAAACCAGGGUGUGAAAAUAAAGCUUUGUUACUUUGUGUC